ACAAUUCAAAACCCUACUUCAACCCUUGCUGCGAUUCACAGAGCUUGGAGAAAACGCCGAAAUCGGAAAUGGCGUCUAUUGCUCUUCGAUCUCGUCUUUUGCCAAAUUUAGCGAAGCUUAGAUCUCGUCAUCUGAGAUUAUUCUCUGCGGAAGCUGCUUCUUCUUCGAAUUCUUCCGCCAGGGUUCAAGGAAUCUCCUCUGGCCAGUCCAUGUUUUCUGAUUUUCCACCGCCGAAUCAGCCGCCGCCUCCUCCUCAAGCGGAAGCUGCAGCCGCGGCUGCGACGGGAAAGGAACGCAAAGGUCUUAAGUAUCUUGGUUACGCAUUCCUCUGGGCACUCACUGGUGCUACCGCUGCGACUGGUUACGCAAGUUUUGCUUAUACAAUAGAUGAAGUGAACGAAAAGACUAAGGCAUUCCGAGAAUCAGCUACGCAGACCCCCGUUAUUAAUUCUACUGGCAUUGAUGUGAUUGAUAAAUAUCAAACUAUGUUGUACUCUACUGUGAUGACAGGUUCUGCUAAAGCCAUUGAUAAGUAUUUGGAGCUCAGGGAAAUUGUGGAGGAACAAGUGAAAGGCUUCACGGAACCCCUCUCAGAAAAGCUUCUUCCAGAUUUGCACCCCGCAGAACAGAAUGCCUUUACUCUAGUUCUUGAUUUGAACGAGACACUGCUUUACACAGACUGGAAGCGAGAAAGAGGGUGGAGGACAUUCAAAAGACCAGGUGUGGAUGCAUUCUUGGAGCAUCUUGCAAAAUUCUAUGAGAUUGUUGUGUAUUCUGAUCAGAUGGAUUUGUACGUAAAUCCAGUCUGUGAGAAGUUAGACCCGAAUAAUUACAUACGAUAUAAGCUGGCAAGAGGCUGUACUAAAUAUGAGAAUGGAAAGCACUAUAGGGAUCUGUCAAAGCUGAACAGAGAUCCGAGAAAGAUUCUGUAUGUUAGCGCAAAUGCCUUUGAAACAACUCUUCAGCCAGAGAAUGGUGUGCCAAUCAAGCCUUACAAACUCGAAUCUGAUGACACGGCCCUGCUUGACCUGAUACCCUUUCUUGAAUAUGUAGCACGUAACGGUCCGGCUGACAUCAGACCAGUUCUAGCGUCUUACGAGAGAAAAGAUGUUGCCAAAGAGUUCCUUGACAGGUCCAUAGAGUAUCAAAAGCGAAUGCAAGAACAACGGGGACAAGGCCGGUUCUGGAGGCGUUAAAGGAUCUAAUAUUUUAUGUAUAGCGAGAGACAAUUAUAUCAUCAUUGAUGCUGCACACUAUAAAAUAGGAACAAGAGCUACUGUUCAUCGCUAUGGGGUUUAGGUAAAAUCCAAACUAAAAUGGUGCCUUUCUCACCAAAGAGUUGUUAUGUUUUCGCCAAAUUUUCCUCGCCUUCAUCUCUGCUUUCCAUAUGGAACUUUUCUAUGAACGAAAAAGAAAUUAUCAUAUCGAAGGUUCAUUUUUCGUUGUCUAACA